GUCCACAGACGCAUGUCCCGCGGUGAAACGAGUCCAGAUCGUGUACACGGGCUCGGAGCCGUUGUCCAUGUAUCAUGCAGAGUUUUGGCAAAAAUGCUUUCCUGAAUUGUUUCCAUAUGGAGACGGUGUAUUCGGUCUUCGGCGGGCGACCCCGCUGACCUUUCGUGAGUGGGCUGCGUAUUUGCUGGAACGUGUGGAGUUGGAGUAUGAUGUCCCAGUUCCAGCUGAAGAGUCGGAGCCAACUUUGCAGGCCCUGGCGGUGGCAGGCCAGCAAACUGAUGGCGGGGAGAGGGAAACUGUGGCCAACGACUCUUGGAAGCGCAUGGAGUUGGUGCGGUGUGCCUCCUCGUAUGUUCGACGGCGCAGUUUCAAGCAGUCGUUGAAGACUGUCUUGGACUGCACCUCCGAGAAACUGUCCGAUGCCGUGAGAUUGCUGGGAGAGAAGGCGAACAUGGUGGACGUGUUCCGUUCCAGCAACGUGCAUGCCGAUAUCAAGAACGCGUUGCUGGACUUGCAUCACUUCUCCAGCGAAAUCGUGGGCAGCGACGGCGCGCGGCAGCAGUUGCGGCACGAGCAAAGCGGCGCGAUGCUUUUGCGUGGCGGCAUCGAUGGUUUUUUGACUCCGAAUGUAGCUGAUGUGCGUAACCCGUUGAUGGUUGUUCUACACGCCGGAUGUGUUGUGCAUCCAGAUGGCGGGCUGGAUGCGAACGGUGAAGCAGAAAAAUUCGAUGUUUCUUUGCUGGACGAGGAACCUAAGAUGCCCUCGGCGAAGAAGAUGCUGGAGUUGGUAGCCAUGAACCCGGUCGCCCAAGCGCAAUUUUUCAUAGUCUCUAUGCAGUUGUUUUUGGAGCACGUGCUGGGGAUCAUGCCCUUCGAUGAGCAGCUGCGUGCGAAUGGUGCUCGCGGUGGAUGUGCGUGGCCCGACGGUGUCGCUGCUACUUUCAUGGGAGGCAGUUUUCCGGCGAUCUACCAAUUGCAUGGGCCGAUCGAAGAGCAAGCUCGACUCAGUCUUCAUCCGCAUAUCGUGUUGCAUUUCGUGAACCGACCUUCCAGUCGCUGGCUCAAGUCCAUUUUGCGGCUGGAGACGGACGAG